CUUACCUGGCGCCCGUCGGAUCUAGGCCUGAUGAAGGGUUUCUUCACCCAUUACCGUCUAUGCCAACACGAGCUCCGGGCCAUGUCGGAAUUGUCAGGCAGCAGGGCCAGGCCAUACAACCAAGGAGGGCCGUUACCUCCGUUUUCCGUGCAACCCGAUCUCUUUGUGCUCGCCAGGCACAUUAAUGUCAAUAUCGCAAUCUUAUCCGACGCCGCCUGGGGUGCCAUCAGAGCCAAGAUGGUUUCGUCUAUAGAAUACACCAUCGAGAAGAAUGUUCGCAAUGGCAUCCUGUCGGUACUCUGGAGUGCGGACAAGGCACUUUAUAAAGGUCGGACGGCAUAA